UUAUUAUGCAAUGAAACAGCAACUACCAGAAAGCUCCUUUGUAUGCAACAUAAGAACCACUGCGUUUUGGUUAUGUCUCAAAGCUGAAAGAGAAGAGCAAUGAUUCUAUCAUUCAGUUCCUCAUGCUUGUCCUCUACCGCCCAUCUUCACCCAGCAAAAGGCUCUGUUGCAUCGGUUCGACACAUGAAAAGACAUAGGGUAAUACUGAAUGGCGAUAAAAAGAAUAAUUACAGGGGCUUUUUAGACAACAAAAUCUUCGAUUCAAACAAGAGUUUUAGCAGAAGUUGUGACAAGCGAAUAGCACAGGUAAUUGGGGCCUCAUCAGAUGGUGAGUUUGUGUUACAACCAACAAAUGAUAUCCAGAAAACGUUGACGGCUAUAUACAAGUUUUCUCGUCCAUACACAUUCAUUGGCAUAAUUACUGCAAUAAGUUCGGUUUCUCUACUGCCUUUGACUUCACUGGGAGAUUUAUCACCUGCUGUUUUUGUAGGAUUCCUCAAGGCAUUGAUCCCAUUUCUGUUUGCGAAAGUCUAUAAUGCUGGAAUAAAUCAAGUGGUUGAUGUUGAAAUAGACAGAAUAAAUAAGCCUUACCUUCCUCUAGUUUCGGGAGAACUUUCCAUGGGGCAAGGGAAAGCAAUUGUCUCCGCAUGUGGUUUUAUGUGCUUGGUCGUAGCAAUGCUGUUCCAGUCUCCACCAUUGUUUCUUGGAGUUCUUACAUAUUUUCUACUUGGAACUGCAUAUUCUGCUGAUCUACCUUUGCUUAGAUGGAAAACCAAGCCCUCCCUUGCUGUAUUAACUAUUGUGGGUUUAUAUGGAUUCAGUUGUCAUCUUGGCGUCUUCUACCACAUGCAGAACUAUGUGCUUGGUAGACCAAUAGUACUCACCAAGUCCUUGGGAUUUACUGUUAGUUUCUUCAGUUUGUUUGCAGCCGUUAUUGCCCUGUUCAAGGACAUACCUGAUGUUGAAGGAGACGAAGCAUUUGGAAACCCAACAUUUAGUGUCAAAUAUGGCAAAAAGAAGGUGUUUUCUCUAUGUUUAGUCAUCCUGUUGAGUGCAUAUGGUUCUGCUAUAGUGAUCGGAGCUUCGUCCUCAUUUCUCAUAUGCAAGCUUGUGUCUGUGAUAGGCCACUGUACACUUGCCUCGGUUCUUUUACUUCGAGCGUAUGCUCUUGAUCUAGAUGACGAUGAGGCUACACAGUCCUUUUACAUGUUUCUAUGGAAGUUGUUUUAUGCCGAGUAUGCCCUUAUUCAUUUCAUCCGGUGACAAGACAUGAGAAAAGGGGCGUUUCUCUUAACAUGAGAUAACAUAUUUUUAUAUAUGAGUAUUUCUACAUGCACUAUAAUUAAAAAAUAAUAAAUCAUAAUUUACUUGUAUCUUAUCCAAUGAUUAUCAAUAUUAAAUAACUUUAAUAAAAAUGAUUGACCCUUCAUCAAUUUGUAGUUUAUAUUCUAAGUGGUUGUCGCUGCUUGCCUGCUAGAGUUUGUUUGAUAAAUUAUGAGCUUCAUCGUUACUGAAGGGCCUGCACUAUGUACAAUAAAAUUAAUGAUGUUUUUCUAUUGACUAAA